UGUCAUCUGUCAUCCCAUCCUUCAGCUCAAAGAGCUCAAAGAGCUCAAAGCUCCACAACGUUUUACCCGUCGUCUCCUUCGCGUCUCCUUUGUACAGCUCUAAAUAGCAUAGAACAUUCCAAUCGUAUCAUCAAUUCUAUGGCAAUACCUUCUAGAGCAACAAUCUAAACGGCCAGAUGGCCACUCCACCCGCCGACUGUCAGAAUUAUCCUCCCAACGAUUACCACAGCCCUAAGUUCCCGUCCCUCUGCUGGCCUCCUCAGGAUCCAUACUGCGCUUUAUAUUCGGUCUGGGACUCAUGGCGAUAUACACUUCUUUGGACCCUGAUCCUUUAUGCUGUCUUCCAUUUCGGAGCCGUGGGCAUCGCCCUCGCAAUGCAGAUCGGAAAGCCGCGAUUCGUAUGGAAGUACAUGCUGGCCGUCCCAGCUAUAUACGCCUUGGUUGCUGGGGCUGAGGCAUUGUUCACCGGUAGUAUUGUUGGGCUAGUGCUCGGCGCUGUCUACAUCUCUGGAUGCUACCAGAUGCCCACGUGGAUACCCUUCAUCUGGGGGUGGAUAAAUGUCUUGGUCUUAAUCGUCUCCUCCUUCACCAUCCAGGGAGGUCUAUAAAGCCCUGUGCUAUAGCCCGAAACGAGCCGUGUAUCCAAGUGCAAUAGACCUAGAAAGACCUCUCAAACCGGAAUCGAUGCAUUUCUCCCACAAUAGGAGAUAUCGAAUGAUGAGUGGCACAGCCUACUGCGACGCCUCCAGCCGCAAUAGUUGCGUGAGGCAUUAAUCAACUCGAGGUGGUCCCAGCUGAUGUAUACACCAUACUGGCCAAUGGCUAUGAGUAUCAAGCUAAUAAAGGACACUAGGAGACACAUAGCUAGUGUCAUACCGAUUGUAUACUUCUUGAGAUAACACCCCAGUAUUUUUGGGUGCUAGACUUGGAAGAAUAGGGAACGAAGUCAGUAGUUCUCGGUUUAAUAUAACCCUGUCGAUAGUAUAGCCGUAUACGGGCACAAUUUUAUGGAGGCAGCCGUAUAAAGUACUGCUAUCUCAAAUAACAUAUAUAUUCUUGCUGAAAUACAAGGUUAUCAGAACUCAUAAUACUUCACUUAUGUGACCUGGCAAAGGAAUCC